GAGGGAGGGGCACGCAGGUGCUCAGACGUGGAGGGAGGGGAGGGGCUGGGCCAGGCUGCCGAAAUGGCCUGGCCUUGCAUCAGCCGGGCUUGCUGCAUCGCCCGCUUCUGGAACCAACUAGACAAAGCAGACAUCGCUGUGCCUUUGGUCUUCACCAAAUACUCGGAAGCCACCGAGAUCCCCGGCACUCAGGUGGUUCUGCAGCAGCAGCAGCCACGCCCGUCCUCGGCCAUCGAGACCCAGCCUGCUGCCCUUGGAGGUGACCUGGAUGGAGUCUCACGGGCGACCUCUACGGCCGUGGACCAGGCCCCCACGGCCUCAGGGGGGGCGCACAAAGCGACCCACCCCAAGGAUCAGGUGUCAUCCGACUCGGUGAUGCGCCAGGACUACAAGCCUUGGCGAGUGCAGAGGCCCGAGCCGAGCUACAAGCCGAAAAGUGAGUACCAGCCGUCGGACACGCCUUUUUCGAAGGAGAGCCAGUACCAGAAGGACUUCCGUCCCUGGCCCAUCCCCAAGAGAGGGGACCAUCCUUGGAUCCCCAAGCAAAUGCCCAUCCCUGCGGUGGAUCUCGACAAGGGCUCGAAGGAACGAUCCGGCAGUCAAGAGAGGAGGAGGAAGGCGCAGGUGGGCCAAGAGAAGGAGGAACGAGGGAAAGAGGAGACCGCGGCGGCAGGCAAGCCCACCAAGCCCGAAGAAGGAAGAGUCAAGAAGACCAAAAAGAGGGUCCAUCUAACGGAGGAUGGGGGGCCACAGCAGGAGCAGCAGCAGCCGGGGUCCUCCGCACCACCAGAGGGCAGCAAAGGGCGAGCGGCGGUGGAUGCGCUCAACCGGCAGAUCAAGGAGGAAGUCACGGCACGGGUGAGCACGUCCUCCUACAGAAAUGAAUUUCGACCAUGGACGGACAUCAAGCCAGUGAAAUCUAUCAAGGCCAAGUCUCAGUACAAACCCCCGGAGGAGAAGAUGAACCAUCAAACUAGCUACAGCACCCAGUUCACUGCAGAGGGUGCGAAGCCGGGCCCGUCCGAUAACAAAUUCCUCGAGCACAGGAGAAUACGCAGCCUCUACAACGAGCCCUACAAGGAAGCUGCAAAGGUGGAGAAGCCUAGCCCUCAGCCUUCCAAACCAAAAAAGACGACCACAAGCCAUAAACCGCUGAAAAAGGCCAAAGACAAGCAGACGGCGUCCAGCCGGUCUUCUAAGAAAAAGAGCGCCGAGGCCCCCAGCGCCACGAACGCCGAGGAGAAGGAGAAAAGUAAAGAGAUGAACAAUAAGUUGGCCGAGGCGAAAGAGGCCCCUGAUAAAACCCCCGGUGCUACAGCCAAGGAACCAAGUUCCUUAGAACGUGACCAACCGACAGAAGUGAAGCCUCUGCCCUCCAUUCCUGAGGAAGCAGCUGGGACAAGCAUGUAGCCUGCAUGAAACUU